AAUCGUAUCAUUCAGACUAUAAAAGAAAGGCAAAUCAGUUUUGAUUAUACCAAAGCAAAAUGAAGCUCCUGCUGUCAUUUGCUCUUCUGGGUUUAGUUGCUUGCCAGGAGAAGUGUGAUUCACAGAACAAAUAUUGCUUUCCCAACGAAGUGGCAACAUGGACCGGUGCCAUCGAGUAUUGUUUGAAAAACGGCUGGAAACUGGCCGUGGUCAACAGUGAAGCAAAACAGAUGAAGAUCGAGGGUUUGGCCAAAAAUCUGCCCGAAUUCAAAAACGGAAAAGUUGAGCUAUGGAUUGGAGCUAGCGAUCAAACCAAAGAGGGACAUUUCGUGUGGAUUGCUAAUGGGCAACCAAUUGAAUAUGCCAAUUGGUUACCUGGAAAGCCCGAUAAUAAGGAUGGGAAGGAACAUUGCGUGCAUUUAUGGUACGAAAAGGCCAAGAAGCUGAAUUGGGGCUGGAACGAUGUGGUUUGCACCUCUAAGCGACGGUUCGUGUGUGAGAGAAAGAAAAAAUAGGUGACAUAGUCCGGUUUUUGUAUGUAUAAUUAAGAGACAUAUGAACCUUGAUAAACAAACAACAAACAACUAUCGACUUCGAAAAAUUACCUUAAUUAUAAAACAUUGAUUAACUUGAUACUAUAACAGCAACU